AUGAACUUACGGGUACUCGGGCUCUUGUUAGCGCUGCUAGGCGCCGUUGCGGCACUGUCAGCGCAGGGUAGCAAGCUCCUGGUUGUGCUUGAGGACGAGGCGGAGAAGAGCAAGUACUCACAAUUCUGGGCAAGCCUCGAAGAUCGAGGAUUUCAGGUAACAUACAAAUCGCCUAAGGAUAGCUCAUUGUCGCUAUUCGCAUAUGGCGAGCCAGCGUACUCCCAUCUUCUUGUCCUUCCGACAAAAGCCAAAGGCCUUGGACCGAACCUCACGCCAAACCUCAUUGUAGACUUCAUCAACGCUGGAUCGAACAUACUGUUGGCACUCUCCGCUCAGCUGUCUGUUCCCAGCGCAGUCAGCAGUCUCCUCCUGGAGCUGGACAUCACUCUUCCUCCGGAUAGGAAUAGCUUGAUCGUGGACCAUUUCAAUUACGACACUCAGAGCGCGAAUGAGCAACAUGACGUCCUGCUCCUACCCAGCCCACAAGCGAGUCGGAAGGACGUCAAGAACUACUUCUCCGUCGAUGGACUGAUCGCUUUCCCACAUACUGUCGGUCAAGUGCUCGGAAAUGCUUCACCGCUUCUAUCACCGGUCGUGAAAGCACCAAGUACAGCAUACAUCUACAACCCGAAGGAGGAGUUCGAAAGCUUGGAAGACGUCUUCGCGACUGGCUCGCAAAUCAACAUUGUUUCAGCGUUUCAAGCCCGUAAUAGCGCUCGCUUCACCGUUCUCGGCAGUGUGGAAGCUUUGGAAGACAAGUGGUUCGAUGCCUCAGUCCAGCUACCCGGAGCUGGCAAGAAGAGCGAGAAGACGGCCAACAAGGCUUUCGCGCAGAAGCUCAGUGCCUGGACGUUCAAGGAGCUGGGUGUGCUGAGAGUUGGCAGCGUCUCUCACUACCUCAAUGAAGGUAGCCAGAAAGGUGUCAGUAAUACUACUGCCGUGGGCGCAGCUCUUGACAUCAAUCCGACCAUCUACCGCAUCAAGAACGACGUACACUACUCGAUCGAGAUGUCCGAAUGGGAGAAUGACCACUGGGCGCCAUUCACACCCGCAGCAGGCGAUGCACUCCAGCUCGAGUUCAGCAUGCUGUCUCCUUUCUGGCGUCUGGACCUUCAGCCAACCGCACAAACCGCCAACUCAUCCAUCUACUCGGCAGAGUUCAAGCUGCCGGACCAGCAUGGCAUCUUCAACUUCUUCGUCGAGUACCGGAGACCAUUCCUCACCAGCGUGGAAGAGAAGCGCACAGUGACUGUGCGGCACUUUGCGCACGACGAGUGGCCGCGGUCAUUCGUGAUCAGUGGCGCUUACCCCUGGAUAGGUGGCAUUUGGGUGACGGUCAUUGGGUGGGUGAUCUUUGUGGCGGUCUGGUUGUACAGUAAGCCGGCGCAGCCUAAGAGGCAGCUCAAAGCUGGGAACGUAAAGCGGUGA